ACACGCCAGCGAGAGAGAGAAGUCAUGGCCUCCGCCUCCGCCUCCGGCGAAGCCGAGGCGAUGGCGCUCGUGCGGGGGUACAACGACGACGAGCUCGCCAUCGCCAGCGAGUUCCUCACCACGUGGCUCCCCUUCCUCUCCGCCGGGCUCUGCCCCUCCUGCGCCGACUCCCUCCGCGGCCGCGUCGCCUCCCUGCUGCCCCGAGAGGUGGAACCCGCGUCGCCGCCGCCGCCGCGGAUCGAUCAGAUUGAGCCCUCGGGGUGGGAUUCGGAUCCUGCUCCUGCUCCGGGUCCGGCUCCCCCGCAGCAUCUGCCGUUCGAGCCGACCGGAUGGGAGUCGGAUCCGUCGCCGCCACCGCCGCCGCCGCGGGAGCAGCAGCAGAAGCAGCCGGCGGAGAAGCCGCGGAUGUCGUGGGCGGACAUGGCCCAGGAGGACGAGCUCGCCGCGGCGGCGGAGGAGGACGCGGCUGCGGCUGCGGCUGAUGACGGCGAGGAAGGGAGCGAGGCUGGCAGGCCGGGUAUGCAGCUCACGAGGGAGCAGCGGGAGCUCUGGCGGUUCCGGAGCGUGGUGCGGAAGAAGGAUUUCAUGUGCUUUGAGAGGGUCCAUGGUCGGCUCGUCAACAUCCUUGCAGGCCUGGAACUUCACUCCGGUGUGUUCAGCACGGCCGAGCAGCAGCGUAUUGUCAAGUACGUGUACGAUCUGCAGGAGAUGGGCCAGCGUGGGGAACUUGGAGAUCGCACGUACACGGAACCCCAAAGGUGGAUGCGUGGUAAAGGGCGAGUAACGAUCCAAUUUGGAUGCUGUUAUAACUAUGCUACGCAGGACAAGAAUGGAAACCCACCAGGCAUCAUUCGAACUAUUGCUUCUGAUCCGAUGCCUAGCCUAUUUAAGGUCAUGAUUAAGAGAUUAGUGAAGUGGCAUGUUCUUCCAACGACUUGCAUACCAGACAGUUGUAUUGUCAAUAUAUAUGACCCUGGAGAUUGCAUCCCACCACAUAUCGAUAGUCAUGAUUUUGUUCGGCCAUUCUGUACUGUUUCAUUCCUCAGUGAAUGCAAUAUUGUUUUCGGAUCUACUCUAGAAGUUACUGCCCCUGGAGAAUUCACUGGUUCAAUUGCAAUUCCUCUGCCUGUUGGGUCGGUGCUUAUCCUAAAUGGCAAUGGUGCUGAUGUAGCAAAGCAUUGUGUUCCUGCAGUUCCGUCCAAAAGGAUAUCUGUUACCUUCAGAAAGAUGGAUCCAGCAAAGCGCCCAUUCAAUUUUCGAGAUGAUCCGGAAUUGCUUAACAUCACUCCUCUAGAAACAACUGUACAAGAAACUGCCAGAUCAUCAGAUGAAGGCAAGGGAAAGCAACCUGAUGUACAAAUCAGGAAUGUGAACAAAGCAAACAGGAGCAAAAGAUCUAAAUUAAGACCAUCUUCUGGAAAGGCUGGAAGGGGGGGCAUUCUUGGAGAUGGACAUCCUCAAUAUGCACAAGCCCUUGUUACUGACUUCUCGUCACAGCAAAAUUUGCAUGGCCAGCCUACCGUCUCUAGUGCAAGUGCUGAGAGAGAAAGAUACUCUGCCGGUCCAUCAAGAGAGUUAAGAUAUCAGCAGGAUACACCCGGGAUCCAAUCAAACAUGGAUGGUAUCAGAGAGCGAGCAAAUUGGUUGGGUCAAGAGAGGAAGCACAGUAACAACAUGAAUUUGAUUGAAGAUGGCAUGGAAUCUCAGCAAAGGAGGCAGCGAAUGGAGCAUAGACAGAUAUUGAUGAUCAACCGCACGAUCAACGAUGACAUGGAUUCCCUUUCAAUUGGGAGCCAUGAAUCUGACCAGACUCGUGUAAGCGUACGAACGCUAUACAACAAACCAAGGAGGACCAGGGUAAACCUGGAUGUGUAAGCAAGCAAGGAAGCCAUACUCAUGCCUGUACUUAAAUAUUUGAACUUGCUGUUG